AUGAGCGGAGAGGCAGAAUACGCUAUACGGGGCGGAGCAGCGUCACGUGACCAUGCCGGUGCCAGCGCCUCACCGGAAUGGCUGUCCAUGUCGAUGAUUGACUUCCUGUCGCGCAGCCGCAACGGGCGCACCACAUGCGUCAUGGCGCGUGCAGGCGAUGAUGGUGAUCUGAUGCUGGGGCGCCCUCCGCUACGGCCAGGUACCUCCCUACCCACCCACCGACCCAGUGCAAGACGCCCCCAGGCUGGCAGCAUCGCGAGAGGCGUCGCCAAAAAGCAGCGCCUACAUGCAAAGGCGCUCUUCCAUGUCGACGUCGCCACAGUUGAUACGUCUUCCGGGAUAUCCAUGUCGUCGCACCCGUCGUUCCCGUCGAGCUAG